AUGGCAAUUCCUCAAUCUUGCACCGUUCUCGUAGCAGGUGGUGGUCCUGGUGGGUCUUAUACCGCGGCUGCUCUAGCACGCGAGGGCGUUGAUGUUGUCUUGUUCGAAGCAGAUAGCCAUCCCCGAUACCACAUUGGAGAGAGUCUGCUCCCUUCGAUGAGAUAUCUACUACGGUUUAUUGACCUAGAAGAUACUUUCGAGCAGCAUGGAUUUCAGAAGAAGCUCGGUGCAUUUUUCAAGCUCAACGCAAAGAGUGCGGGAUACACCGACUUCAUUCGGGCUAACGGUCCAAAUGGUUACUCCUGGAAUGUUGUGAGAUCCGAAUCGGACGAGAUUCUUUUUCGCCAUGCUACAAAGAGUGGUGCAAAGACCUUCGAGAAUGUCUCCUUGAAAUCGGUAAAUUUUGAGUCUUAUGAGAACGAUAUGUUCACCAGCCAGCACAAAUUGGCCAACCCUGGACGACCUGUUUCGGCCGAAUGGAAGACGAAAGAUGGUUGCUCUGGUACCAUCUCGUUCGAUUAUCUGGUGGAUGCAACGGGUCGAGUUGGUAUUCUGUCAACCAAGUACCUCAAAAAUCGCAAGUUCAACGAAAGUUUCAGAAACAUUGCCAUGUGGGGGUACUUCAAGGGUAAUAUUCCGCCAAGCCCAGGAACAGAUCGUGAAAACCAGCCCAUAUCCGAAGGCAUGAGAGAUGGGUCAGGCUGGGUGUGGAUGUUGCCUCUACACAAUGGUACAGUAUCAAUUGGAGCUGUUGUUCGCAGGGACAUUUUCCUUGCCAAGAAGAAGGCAUUGCCAGAAGGGACAACGGAGGCUCAAGCCCUGGCGAGCUUAGUUGCACUCUGCCCUACGAUAUCAUCGUAUUUGGAACCGGCUGAACUGGCUUCAGGUAUCAGACAAGCCACGGAUUAUUCCUAUAGUGCCAGCGCGUAUGCUGGUCCAAACUUCCGUAUUGUCGGCGAUGCAGGAUGUUUCAUUGAUCCCUUCUUCUCGUCUGGUCAUCAUCUGGCCCUCUCGAGUGCUCUAGCAGCGGCGACGUCCAUCAAUGCGUGCAUACGGGGAGAUUGCAACGAGUUAGAUGCCUCCAGGUGGUACGCGAAGAAGGUUGACGAAGGUUACACGUUAUUCCUCGUUGUGGUAAUGGCUGCUCUCAAGCAAAUACGUAUGCAGGAAGAGCCGAUCUUGUCCGACCUUGACGAGGAAGGCUUUGAUAGAGCAUUCGCGGUCCUUAGGCCAGUCAUCCAAGGAGCCGCAGACAAGGAAACAGCACCAAAGGCUAAGGGGGAGUCAAUCACCGAAACUAUCAAUCUUUGCCUCAAUGCGCUUAACGACCUGCACGACACGGAGCUGCAAAAGAAGUUAACCAAUAUUGUGGAGGCAAAAGGCACACCUGAGCAAGAUCAACUCCUCGGGAAACUUUCGCCAGAUGAGAUGGCAGCCCUUCAGCGCUUGCGCGCUAUGCAUUCAAUUCUGCCCAUGGGCGAGCUCAAGGACUUUGAGAAUAGCAAUAUAGACGGUCUAAAAGCUCGACUCGAGCAUGGAAGUCUAGGACUUUCCCGUGACCACGCAGGAUUUUGUCGUGAUGGGGAAGGGGAUUUGGAGGUAUAG